AUGGAGAGCUUGGCGCAACUUGAGGCAUUGUGCGAGAGAUUAUACAAUUCAUCGGAUUCAGCUGAGAGAGCUCAUGCUGAAAAUAGUCUGAGAUGCUUCUCCGUGAAUACUGAAUAUAUUUCGCAAUGUCAAUACAUCCUCGACAAUUCAUCAAAACCUUAUUCCUUAAUGCUCGCUAGCUCGAGUUUGUUGAAGCAAGUGACAGAUCAUACCCUUCCGCUGAAUCUCCGCCUUGAUAUCAGGGCUUAUAUUGUGAACUAUCUAGCUACAAGAGGACCGAAGAUGCAAUCAUUUGUUAUUGCUUCGCUCAUUCAACUGCUUUGCCGGCUCACAAAGUUUGGAUGGUUAGAUGAUGAUAGAUUCAGGGAUGUGGUUAGUGAAUCAACGAACUUCUUGGAACAGGGUUCCUCGGAUCACUAUGCUAUUGGUUUAAGAAUUUUGGAUCAACUUGUGCAGGAGAUGAAUCAGCCUAAUCCAGGACUGCCUUCUACACAUCACCGGAGGGUUGCAUGCAACUUUAGGGAUCAAUCCUUAUUUCAGAUGUUCCGAAUAGCUUUGACCUCGUUAAACUAUCUGAAAAAUGACGCCACUGGUCGUUUACAAGAAUUGGCGCUUUCCCUUGCAUUGAGGUGUGUAUCGUUUGAUUUUGUUGGAACUUCAAUUGAUGAAAGCACAGAGGAGUUUGGUACAGUUCAGAUUCCAACUUCCUGGAGGUCAGUAUUGGAGGAUCCCUCCACGCUGCAGAUAUUUUUCGAUUAUUAUGGUAGUACAGAGCCACCUCUUUCGAAAGAGGCACUUGAGUGCUUGGUGCGAUUGGCUUCUGUUAGACGCUCUUUGUUCACAAAUGAUGCUACCCGCUCUACGUUCUUAGCUCAUUUGAUGACUGGAACCAGAGAAAUUCUUCAAACAGGAAAAGGUCUUGCUGAUCAUGAUAACUACCAUGUCUUCUGCCGUCUACUUGGCCGUUUUAGGUUGAAUUAUCAGCUUUCCGAGCUUGUGAAAAUGGACGGCUAUGGUGACUGGAUACAGUUGGUGGCAGAGUUUACACUAAAAUCUCUCCAGUCAUGGCAGUGGGCCAGCAGCAGUGUGUAUUACCUUCUUGGAAUGUGGUCCAGAUUAGUAGCCUCUGUUCCAUACUUGAAGGGUGAUUCACCAAGUCUACUCGAUGAAUUUGUACCAAAAAUUACCGAGGGUUUUAUAAUCUCCAGAUUCAAUUCUGUGCAGGCUAGUGUCCCCGAUGAUUCGACUGAUCAUCCUUUGGAUAAAGUUGAAGUCCUGCAGGAUGAGCUAGAUUGCUUUCCUUACCUAUGCAGAUUUCAGUAUGAAAGAACUGGUACGUAUAUAAUAAACACAAUGGAGCCUCUUCUGCAAUCUUAUACGGAAAGAGGGCAACUACAGUUUGCUGACAAUUCUGAGCUGGCACUUAUUGAAGCAAAAUUGUCAUGGCUUGUUCAUAUUGUUGCCGCUAUUGUUAAAAUCAAGCAAUGCAGCGGUUGUAGUGUGGAGACACAAGAGAUGCUUGAUGCCGAGCUCUCUGCUCGUGUUUUGCGGCUAGUAAAUGUCAUGGACAGUGGACUGCAUAGACAGAGAUAUGGUGAAAUAAGUAAACAAAGGCUUGAUCGUGCCAUCCUAACCUUCUUCCAGAAUUUCCGAAAGUCUUACGUUGGUGAUCAGGCCAUGCAUUCAUCAAAAUUGUAUGCCAGAUUAAAAGAUCUCCUUGGACUCCAUGAUCAUCUAGUGCUGCUGAACGUUAUUGUUGGCAAGAUUGCUACAAACUUAAAAUGUUAUACAGAGAGUGAAGAAGUCAUUGGUCACACGCUAAGUUUGUUUCUGGAGUUGGCAUCUGGAUAUAUGACCGGGAAGCUACUUUUGAAGCUGGACACCGUGACCUUUAUUAUUUCUAAUCACACUAGAGAGCAGUUUCCAUUCUUAGAAGAGUACAGAUGCUCUCGCAGCAGAACAACGUUUUACUACACUAUUGGCUGGUUGAUUUUCAUGGAGGAUAGCUCAAUAAAGUUCAAGACUUCUAUGGAACAACUUCUGCAGGUUUUCCGCACUCUUGAGUCAACACCAGAUUCAAUGUUUCGCACUGAUGCUGUGAAGUUCGCAAUAAUUGGAUUGAUGAGGGAUUUAAGAGGAAUUACAAUGGCUACUAGCAGCCGGAGAAGUUAUGGUUUUUUGUUUGACUGGCUCUAUCCCGCACACAUGCCACUUCUUUUGAGAGGGAUCUCACAUUGGUUCGACACACCAGAGGUUACAACCCCGUUGUUGAAGUUCAUGGCUGAGUUUGUAUAUAACAAAACCCAGCGCCUUACUUUUGAUUCGUCUUCUCCAAAUGGCAUCCUACUUUUCCGAGAAGUCAGUAAAUUGAUUGUGGCUUAUGGUUCAAGGAUUUUAUCCCUUCCAAAUGUUGCGGAUAUAUAUGCCUUCAAAUACAAGGGGAUCUGGGUCUCACUGACAAUUCUGUCAAGAGCGCUUUCGGGAAAUUACUGCAACUUUGGAGUGUUUGAACUAUAUGGCGAUCCGGCUCUUGCGGAUGCACUUGAUAUCGCGUUGAAGAUGACUCUAGCAAUUCCCUUGGCAGAUAUAUUAGCAUAUCGCAAGCUUACAAAGGCAUACUUUGGAUUCGUCGAGGUUUUGUGUGGCAGUCAUAUUACCUUCAUAUUGAAACUGGAUACUGCCACCUUCAUGCAUCUCGUUGGUUCCCUUGAAUCUGGCCUUAAGGGGUUGGACACAAGUAUUUCAUCACAGUGUGCAAUAGCUGUAGACAAUCUUGCUUCAUAUUAUUUCAAUAACAUCACAAUGGGUGAGGCUCCUACUACUCCCGCUUCUAUUCGGUUUGCACAGCACAUUGCAGACUGCCCUAGUUUGUUCCCCGAGAUAUUGAAGACGCUGUUUGAAAUAGUCCUAUUCGAGGAUUGUGGGAAUCAAUGGAGUCUCAGCAGGCCCAUGUUAAGCUUGAUCCUUAUAAGCGAACAGAUUUUCUCUGAUCUGAAAGCUAAGAUCCUCUCGUCACAGCCAGUGGAUCAACACCAGCGACUCAGCGCCUGCUUUGACAAUCUUAUGACAGACAUAUCGAGGGGCUUGGAUUCAAAGAACAGAGACAAGUUCACUCAGAACUUGACCCUUUUCAGACACGAGUUUCGAGUUAAAUAG